AUGAUGCAGAAAUUUGCAGAGAGGGGCUAUGAUGCUCGAAUUUUGGAAGAUGCACGGUUGAAGGCUAUGGUAGCACCGGUGCAGCCAAAGAUUGAUCCCGCACAAAGGAUGAUUUUCCCCAUGACUUUCCAUUGUGCCUCCAACUUGGUAACAUUGGUGAUCAAGGAAAACUGGAAGAUGGUUGCCACGGAUGACACUUUGCCGAAAGUUUUUAAAGAACUGCCA